CACUACAACAUCACCACCACCACCCACUCCAACAACAUCAGCACCACCAACUCCAACAACAUCAGCACCACCACCCACCACUCCAACAACAUCACCACCACCAACUCCUACAACAUCAACACCAACUCCAACAACAUCAGCACCACCACCCACCCACUCCAACAACAUCACCACCACCAACUCCUACAUCAACACCACCACCAACUCCAACAACAUCAGCACCACCACCCACCACUCCAACAACAUCAGCACCACCAACUCCAACAACAUCAGCACCACCACCCACCACUCCAACAACAUCACCACCACCAACUCCUACAACAUCAGCACCACCCCACCACUCAAACAAUAUCAGCACCACCCCCACAAACACCCCCACCACCCACUCCAACAUCAGCACCACCAACAUCAGCACCACCAACACCACCCACUCCAACAUCAGCACCACCACCCCCACCAACACCACCACCACCCCCACCAACAUCAGCACCACCACCACCACCACUCCCUGCCUGACUCACGUCAGUUGCCUCUCGCGUUCAUCCCUGCCCAGGCCAGGCGAGAAGGGACCCCUCUCCAUCUCCUCCUCCUCCUCAUCCAGGAGCUUCAGAUCAGAAGACAUCACCACCACCACCAUCACCACCACCACGUGCGGCUUUUGUUGCUGUUGUCGUUCAAGAGAAGAGUUUCCUGGUACUUAGAAGGCUCCUGUCCAGACGCACGGACAGACGCAGGAAACACACCCACAAGCGGAGCAGCGUGUGACGCCCCUCGUACUACACGACCAUGUCGGAACCAAGCGCUCCGUCCGGAUACUAUGGCACCAACCAGCCUGGCUACCCUCCCCCCUACCAGCCCUACCCAAACCCGGGCCAAGAUCCCCCCGGCGGUUACCCACCAUCAUAUGGGGGGCAGCCCGGUGGGUACCCUCCUGCUGGGGGAUACCCUCCACCUGGAGGGCAGCCCGGGGGAUACCCUCCUGCUGGGGGAUACCCUCCACCUGGGGGGCAGCCCGGGGGAUACCCUCCUGCUGGGGGAUACCCUCCUGCUGGGGGGCAGCCAGCGGGGGGCUACCCGGGAGAGAAUCCACCCCCUAAUGCAUCGCAGCCGCAGAGAGGGGGCACCGCGCCACCGCCCUUCAUGAUGCCGACCAUUCCCCUGCACCCGUCCUUCGGGAACAUUGGCCCCAGUACUGGAGGGCCCGAGUAUGGAGGCGUAAGUACAAAUGAAAAUUCCAUCGGAGUCUGGGAUGACAAGAAUGUACGACGAAUGUUCAUCCAAAAGGUCUACAUCAUCCUUUUUGUGCAGCUGCUUGUCACCUUCGGCUUCGUGGCGGUGUGCACUUUCGUUGUCCCCGUGAAGAAAUUUGUGCAGAAUAACCCAGCAAUAUACUGGGCCUCUUAUGGCGUCUUCUUUGCUACAUAUCUCGGUUUGGUUUGCUGCACCAAGGCAAGGAGGCUUUUCCCACUCAACUUCAUCUUGCUGGCCGUCCUCACGCUGGCAAUGUCCUACCUCACUGGAAUGCUGGCAAGCUUCUACAACACCAACUCAGUGCUCAUGUGCAUUGGCGUCACAGCGGCAGUGUGUGGCGCUGUCACACUCUUCUGCUUCCAGACUAAGGUUGACUUCACCUCGUGUCCUGGUGUGAUGUUUGCCCUCUCCAUGGUGCUGCUGCUCACCGGCCUCAUAGCCGCAUUCACCGUCCCCUUCGGAUACAUCCCAUGGAUCCAGACGGUUUAUGCCGGUUUGGGAGCUGUGAUCUUCACAGUGUUUUUGGCGGUGGACACACAGCUGCUGCUUGGCAAUCGGCGUAACUCCAUCAGCCCCGAGGAGCACAUCAACGGAGCCCUCCGCCUCUACAUGGACAUUGUCUACAUCUUCACGUUCCUGCUGCAACUCAUUGGCUCACGAAACUAAACUGCCCUUGCGCGUCUCUGCAGGGUUCCCUAAUAAACUCCAGUGUGCGAGUGGACCUGAGUGUGUGGCGUGUGUGUGUGCGCGCGUUCGCGUGAACAAAUGGGACCCCGCACAUGAACAUUUGCGCGCGGUCCAGUAUGUGAGGUCAUAUCUUUGACUGUAUGUGCUCUAUUUGUAUUCUGUGGUGUCUGUCUGCACACAUGCAUGCAAAUUUAUUUUACGUGCCUUGGUGUUCUGUUUGUUUGCUAGCUGACUUGCUUUGUUGUAUACCCUCGUCGUGCCAUGUAAAUACCGAUGUAUCAAAAGUGUCGAGGACAAGAGCUGCAGUAACAAUUGGGCAAAGGAAAUAUUUUGCGAAAUCUGCACUUACCGUAAAUAUUCUCAUAACAUUCAGGCAGGUGAUGCAGAAGACUAAAGGUUGCAGUUUUAUAUUGUAAAUUGUCAUUAAGUAAAUAAAGAAGCUAUUCAGUACUGUA